CUUUGGUGUUUGGUCCUUCAUUAACAAUAUUACAUCAAGAAAUGAGCAGAGGAGAAGGAAAGUGGUCUCUUCAGGGCAUGACUGCCCUCAUUACUGGUGGAACCAGAGGCAUUGGAUAUGCAAUCAUAGAAGAGCUAGCAGGAUUUGGAGCAGAGGUGUACACUUGUUCCCGGAAGCAAAACGACGUGGAUGAGUGCGUUGAGAGAUGGAGGGAGAAAGGCCUCAAAGUCGCCGGAUCUGCCUGCGACAUAUCCUCACGGCCACAAAGGGAGGAGUUGAUGGAAAAAGUCGCCAAUCACUUCAAUGGAAAACUCAACAUCUUGGUGAAUAAUGCUGGGACAAUAGUGCCCAAGGACGCAAUAGAGUUGACAGCAGAAGAUUACACAAAUGUAAUGGGAACCAACUUUGAGGCUUCAUUCCACCUUUGUCAAUUGGCAUAUCCAUACCUCAAAGCUUCACAAAUGGGAAGCAUAGUUUUCAACUCCUCUGCAGUUGGAAUCAUGCCUGUCAUUAAAUCUACUCUCUAUUCCGCAUCCAAAGGAGCAAUAAAUCAAGUGACAAAAAACUUAGCGUGUGAGUGGGCCAAAGACAACAUCCGUGUUAACUCGGUUGCACCUUGGUUCAUCCGAACAAAGCUCGUCAAUGACGCCGAGAGUGAUGCUGAAAUAUCAGAUGAAAUCGAGCGCAUGAUCCGUCGGACUCCGAUAAGCCGGCCAGGAGAGGUCGGAGAAGUAUCGUCACUGGUGGCCUUCCUUUGCUUACCUGCUGCAUCAUAUAUCACUGGCCAAACUAUCUGCGUUGAUGGUGGAUAUACCAUAACUGGUUUUCCCUAAAAUAAACUCUUAGGGUGUGUUUGGUUCGCACAUGAGAAUUAGAAUUAGUAUGGGUAUCAAAUACUUGAUAAGGGUAAUGAGUUUUGGUGAAAGUAUUUUGUAUGUUUGGUAGUAGGGUGGAUGAGAAUGAUUAUUAAUAGUUGGGGAAGAAUGGAGGAAAGGAAAUGAAACCCUUAUUUAAUAAGGGUAUAGGUUUUUUAAUUAAUGGAGUAUUCUAAACCAAUAACAGUAUCCUAAAAAUAUGUCAACCAAACAAUAACAAUACCCAUACCUUAUACCAAAACCUGUCAACCAAACACACCCUUAUUUUUUUUGUUUGUAUGUUACAAUAUAAUAAAUCUCUUUAUAUUUUUUACGAAUUAAGUAGCAAUCCUUGGACCAGGUUCACACUGCUCUAUGGACUGUGGUUUAUAUGUAUGUGUUUUGUGUUAUGAUUUUUUUGUUUUGUGUUAUGAAAUUAUGCACCUUAAGAAUAUAAAUU